CGCCGCUACAGAUCGCGUUUUUAGACUUUGAUCGUGGUUAGAAAAUUAACGCUAUUUGUUUGUGCAGUUGCAUUAGUGAUCUUAGUCGUGUAUUAAAUGUGACCUGGAACUACGGUAUCACGAUGAACUUGUCACGACUUCGAUUGAUUACCUUCGAUGUGACAAACACGUUGUUAAAGUUCCGUUCGGCACCUGGCCAACAAUAUGGAGAGAUCGGCGCGAUGUACGGGAUUUUGUGUGACAACGAUUCGCUGAGCGCCAAUUUCAAAGCGCACUGGCGUAAAAUGAACCAAGAACAUCCGAAUUUCGGUCUCAACUCCGGCCUGGGAUGGGAAAAAUGGUGGAAAAUGAUUGUCAAGGGCACUUUUAAGGAUUCCAGGUUUAAUGUUGAAGAUAAAAAGCUGGAUGCCAUCGCAUCACAUUUAAUUGACGUCUAUAAAACAUCCGCUUGCUGGCAGCCGUGCUAUGGGACACAAGCACUUCUUUCCUAUCUUAGAAAUCGCCAAGUAACUCUGGGAAUUAUAUCGAACUUCGAUCCAAGACUGAGCACCACUCUAACAAAUACAAAAUUGAGACAUUUUUUCCACUUUGUCUUGACCUCUUACGAAGUCGGAAUAGAAAAGCCAGACACAAAAAUCUUCGACAAAGCUCUUCAGAUGUCAGAAAUUAAUAAUAUUAAACCAGACGAGUGUUUACAUGUGGGUGACACUACAGCUUUAGAUUAUUACGGUGCGAGAAAUAGUGGCUGGAAUGCAGUUCUUAUUGACGAUAGAAGUGCAGAGAAUUUAAAAAAAAAAUAUCCCGACAUUGACAUAAAAUGCGUUUUUCCAAGCCUUUAUGAUCUCCAUAAAUACCUGGUGAAAACUGACAACUGCAAACUAUCUGCUCAAUCUCUUUAACAUAUGUAUGUAAAAAUUGUAUGUAAAAAUUUAUAAGCAUUUAUUUAUUUUAAUGAUUAGUCUAAUUUAUAUGUAAACAAUUAAAUUGUAUCUGCUGUUUAUUAUUACUAAAAUAUAAAACUUUGUGAUAUUGUAAAUAAAAUAAG